GGUUUUGUUUUCAACCGAUCUGAAUAAAUCUUUAAAAUUUGUUGACAUAAAAAUUUAAACACGUUUCCUAAUUAAUCAUAAAAGCCUGAACCUUAGAUUAAUUAAAAAAGAUAAUAAAGCUAACCCAACAAUCAUUCAAAUUCAUAUAAACAAGAACGGCUUCCUCUACAAUCAUUUCUCUUCGAAAGUUUAUUUACAAUUCUCAACAUGUCCAUAAUUGAUGAUGAACAAAUCAUCAAACGGAGACUGCAAAUUGAUGGAGAAGGAGUGGGAGAUGAUAGAAAAAUAAAUUUAUUAUUGAAAACUUACACAAAAUGGUGCACUACACCUUCAUCAGUUGACAACAAUGAUGCUCAUGAUCGAAUUCUCACUCAAUUAUCACAGUGUGAAUUUUCUGUUCUGAAGUCCGACAUAUCUGAACACAUGAUGGAUGAGGAAAUGAAAAAUUACAAGAAAAUUUCUGAUAAUAUAGCAGAAAGAAUCGAACAGAUCAGAGAUCAGAUAGAACAAUCAAAAGAUCUUCUCGAAAAAGCAAAGGAAAUAAGAAGAAAUAAAUUGGAAUAUUUAAGCUUGGCGCGGUUGAUAAAUCAGGAGCCCGAGCGAGUUGAAGUUGUUGCAAAAUAUCAGGAACUUCAAGAGGAGUUAUUAACUCAAAAUGAACAUUUCCUAAAAGCAAGUCAAGUUCUUGAAAAUCGUCGAAAGGAUUUUGCAGCUUUUAUGUUCUUAACAAAGGAAUUAUUGAGAGACUGCAAUUUUGAUGUUGAUAAUUCUACAGAGACUAACGAUGAAGAGACUGAAGGUGGGAUAUUCGAAGAUGAUGGCGACAUAAUUGCCGAUGCUGAUGACAUUGAAAAAAUGAUAAUUGAGUAACGCGAUCUUUAAAAUGUUAUUUUAUUAUUCCAUCUUAAUUUAAAUAACAAUUUUACUGAUUUCUUGUUUUGUUGAUGUCAAUUAUUUUUUAUUUUUUUAGAUUAAGAUCCUGUCUAUGAAUAAAAGAAAAAAUUGAAGAUGAACUCAAA